AUGUCCGUCCAAACCCAAGAAGCUAGAAUCAUCCUUGCCAUUGAGGCUAUCCGUACGACCAGAAAUAUGUCUCGCCGACGUGCAGCCGGGAUCUACAACGUCCCUGAAACAACCCUCCGCGACAGGAUGAACGGAAUCACCCCGAAAGCCGACAGCUACCACGGCCGUUCGAAUUUGACGAAGAUCGAAGAGGAGGUGAUUGUUCAAUAUGUACUUGACCGAGAUUCGCGUGGGCUUUUGCCUAGGCCUGCAGACGUGAUUGAUAUGGCCAAUCUUCUACUUCAAAAACGCGAUGCGCGACACGUCGGAAAGAACUGGACAAGCCGCUUGAUUGCACGCCGCCCAGAGUUGGAUACGCGUUUUAAUCGCGUCUAUGACUAUCACAGAGGUCUCUGUAAAAAUCCUGCAAUUAUUGAGCCAUGGUUCCGACGGGUUGCCAGCAUGCGUGCGAAAUACGGCAUCCUCGACUGCGACUUCUACAACUUCGACGAGACGGGCUUCAUGAUGGACAUGAUACGGCCAGGCAUGGUGGUUACGCGCUCGGAUCGGGUUGGUAAACUAAAGGCCAUUCAGCCGGGCCAUCGAGAAUGGGCGACGGCAAUUUGCAUCAUCGCUGGCGACGGGUACGUGGUGCCGCCUUUCUUGGUGGUGAAGGGCCGUUUCCACCUCGCCAGCUGGUACUCGGAACAGCAGAUACUGGACGACUGGGCCGUCACAACAACAACCGACGGAUGGACAGAUAAUAAGACUGGCCUGGAAUGGCUGCAGCAUUUUGAUGAGCACACCAAACACCGUCGGAGGGGUGUAUAUCGGAUGCUGGUGCUCAAGGGUCAUGAGUGCCACGUCAAUGCCGAAUUCGAGGACUACUGCAAGGAGAACAACAUUGUCACCAUAUUUGUCUGCCUCCGCAUUCCUCGCAUCUUACCCAGCCUCUCGAUGUCGGGUGUUACAGCGUCUUGA